AUGUUGUGUAAAGACCAUAAGCGAGCGGUUCAUGUGAGGAAACCCACCAACAUCCAGAGGAAUCUCAGCAACAUCCAAGACCUGAAGCUGUUCUGUAUGGAGGAAUGGGCUAAACUUCGAUGUACAGGAGUGGUCAACAGUUACCUCCAACAAUCUGGGAUCCAGCCCCUCAGUCCUGCCUGUCACCUGGAGAUCAUUAAAGUAGUUGAGGAGUAUGACUAUAUACAGGAAGGAGACAUUAUGAUUGGAGGAGUGAUGACUGCACAUUUAUAUAUGAUUAAUGUUACAUUUCCAAGGGUGAAUUCUAAAAGAUUCCUGUGUACUGCUCCCAGCCAACAGCAGUUUAGGCAUUUUAUCGAUUUUAGAUUUGCUGUGGAGCAAACUAACAAGGAUCCAGCCCGGUUACCCAACCUGACCCUGGGGUACCAUAUAUCUGACUCUUGUGAGGACCCACUGAAGGCGGUGAGGAGCGUAUUACAGAUAUUAUCUGGUACCAGGGAGCCGGUUCCCAAUUACUCCUGUGUGGGAAAGAGAAACAUUGCUGGGUUUAUUGGGGAUGAGGCAUCAGAGACAACUGUACCCAUAGCCCAGAUCCUGAGCAUUUAUGGCCUUUCCCAGAUCAGUUACGGAGCUACAGCCCAAUCGCUCAGGGACAGAGUCGCUUUCCCAUAUUUUUUCCGGACCGUACAGAGUGAGGAAACCAGUUAUUUGGCUUUAGGGAAGUUGCUGAGCCAUUUUGGUUGGACCUGGGUUGGAAUAAUUACAUCUGAUGAUAUCAGUGGGGAGAGAGAACAUCAGCUUCUGGCCAAAUAUCUCUCCAGGGAAGGCGUCUGUGUAGAGUUCACUAUAAGGAUAAAAACGAAUAACGAUAUAAUUGAUACCGAUACACUUCAGAAAUCAUUUACCAGUGUUAUUUUACUUUGUGGGACGGUUUCUUUGUUUUUACUUAUGAGAUUAAUUCUGAUAAAAUCUGUGUUCCUUGAAAAAACAUGGAUCCUGUCCACUAACUGGGGAACCAAUGAUUUGGUCAUCCGUCAUGGCCAAGAACUGUUUGAUUGCAGUUUGGGGCUUGUGCCCGGGUACCAUUAUGAUCUGGAUACUCCUGAAAUGAGGAACUUUUUAGACAAUUUACAUCCUUCCAAUUACCCAGAAGACAAGUUAUUAGAAAAUAUUUGGAUGAUUUUUCAUUUGUGUUUGUUAGAAGAUCCAAACAAGAAUCAUUUAUAUGAAUAUAUUUACCUUCAGCCUCUCCAUAACUGCACUGGGCAGGAGCGUAUAACAGACCUUUCCUAUUUUACAGCAGAUUUCAGUUCUCCCCAGGUCCAUCUGGCAGUAGAUCUGAUGUCUCAGGCACUUCAUGAUAUGAACAUCCAUCCUAGUGAGAAACAUGUGGGAAAAAAGGAAAUGUAUCAUUAUGUGCACCAGUUGCACCGGUACCUGAAAGCCCUGCAGUAUAACUCGCCCGAUGGCCCCAAUUUCUAUUUUGGGGAAAAUGGGGAGUAUAUCACUAGUUACAGGAUCUAUAACUACGUUAUAACUGCUGGUUAUAGGCUGACUAGGAACCUGAUUGGUGACUUCUCCCCGUGGGAUCCGCCAGAUCAGCAGCUUCACAUUGCCUGGACUGCACUUUCCUGGAGGAGCAAUACAGUAAGAAUCCCAAGAGCUCAGUGCACAGACAGUUGCCCCCUUGGUUUCAGGAAGGCACCGAUGCCCGGAGUCCAGACCUGCUGUUAUGACUGUGUCCCAUGUUCUGAGGGAGAGAUCUCCAAUAUAACUGACAGCAUAAGCUGCUUCCCGUGCCCAGACAUGGAAUGGCCCAAUGAGAGGAAGGAUCAGUGUAUUGCAAGCAAAGACGAUUUUCUUUCAUACACCAAUGAUACGGUUUCUGUGCUUUGUUCAUCUAUUUCUAUUCUCUUUUUCCUUAUUACUUCCUGGAUAUCGGGAGUUUUCAUUACAUACCGGGACUCCCCCAUAGUGAGAGCCAACAACCGGAGCCUGAGCUUCCUCCUCCUUGUCUCCAUCAAGCUGAGCUUCCUCAGUGUGUUUCUGUUCCUCGGUCGCCCUGUGGAUAUAACCUGCAUGCUGCGCAUCAUCACUUUUGGAAUCACCUUCUCCAUAGCUGUCUCUUCUCUCCUGGCCAAGACUAUCAUGGUUUGUGUUGCUUUCAAAGCCACCAAGCCAGGGAGCUCAUGGAGAAAAUGGCUGGGAGUCAAACUGUCCAAUUCUGUAGUCUUGUUCUGCUCAUCCAUUCAAAUAAUCAUCUGCAUGACUUGGUUGGCCAUUUCUCCUCCCUUUCAGGAACUGGACAUUCACACUUCCCCUGGAACCAUCAUCAUUCAGUGCAAUGAGGGCUCAGAUAUUGGCUUUUACUCAGUUAUUGGGUAUAUGGGGCUUCUGGCAGCUGUUAGUUUUGUUUUAGCAUUUUUAGCUCGGAGCUUACCGGACAGUUUUAAUGAGGCCAAGUACAUCACUUUCAGCAUGCUGCUCUUCUGCAGUGUUUGGAUCACAAUGAUCCCGGCCUAUCUGAGCACCAAAGGCAAAAACACUGUGUGUGUGGAGAUAUUUGCCAUACUCACCUCAAGCGCCGGCCUUUUAGCCUGUAUAUUUCUGCCCAAAUGUUACACAAUACUACUCAGGCCAGAAAUCAAUCUUAAAACUAAUUUGCUUGGAAACAAAUAA